AUGGCAACUACCCCAAAAAAAGACGACUUCCAGGACAUGGAGACCCUUUCCCAGAACUACUUCUGCAUCAUGGAACUUUGCCCCAAGUAUGUCGGGAGAAUUCUCUCCCUCGAAUGUGGAGACAAAAAUCCCACAGAAACAUACAAAAAAUAUUUAGAGAGACUCCGGGGCCAGUCCUUCUCUCAAACAGAAUGGAAAAAAAAGAGUGGAAACAAAUCCAUGGCAAGCUUAUUUGAAACAGAAGCCACUUCUGAUAACAUGGAUAUGACUACGCUGUUCCAACUCUUCCAGAUGAUAUUCGAAGUAAAGAAAAAUGAUACGAGGGACCCUACAGAAGUUAUAAACAAAUUAAAAGCUGUCAAGGACGUUAGAAAUGAUAUGACGCACAACGAAAAAUCGAUGAGGGAUCAAAAGAGAAUUGAUGAGAUAGAAAAAAAGAUGAAGGAGUUGAUUCAAAAGAGUGGCGAGUUUUAUAAACUUCCUGAGAGUGAAACAAGAUUAAUGGAACAUGAUCUGCAGGUCGAGAUAAGAAGUGGGCCUACUUCAGCUGGGAAGAAGCUGGCUUACCACAUCCACCGUUUGCUUUCCGAGGGGAAAGAAUAUGUAAGGCUUCGUUUCCAGGACCUCACCAAAGAAGAUCUCCCUUUCGAUGCCGGCCGCGUGGACCGGUCAGGUGUGUUUCACGCACCUGAAAUGACACUACAAGACGAGGAAAGUAAAACUUUCAAGUACCAAUGUGUGUUCGAUGCAAGUGAUAAAAUCGUUAUUGUCUUAGGCGACGCAGGAGCUGGCAAGACGACCCUACUCAAGAACAUAAUCCUGCAGUUCAUUAAAUUGCAGAAUUUAGCGAACACAAUUGCAGUUGGGUUGGCUAAACCCCACCCUCAUUUUCUGUAUGAUUUUGAAAUUCUUGUCCACGUCGAGUGCCGGGAUAGGACUUCAAAAACAUUACAUGAAGUCUUUGUGGGACUUUUUGGCCCAGUAUGCACAGACAUCAGAAAAGAAGGAACUUUACAAGCACUGUCACGUCUCCGUGUGCUGUUCCUGGUCGACGCAUUCGAUGAGCACAACGAGGAGUCCAUCGCAGUUCUGCGUGAGCUGUUAAAGGAAACCUGGCACCCUAAAUCCCGCAUUCUCAUCACCAGCCGUCCUCCCGCUGUCGAAAAAUUGAGACAAUUACUUGCCAAAAAUAAUUGUCAUUACUCAUUGUAUGUAAUUGCCCCUCUCACUCAGUUAGAUGAGCAGGUUGAGUUCAUCAAAAAGUACGAAAAAACACUAAUCAAAAACACUGCAGCAGCUGGUGCGAUGUCCAAACGAUUCUCCACACUGAACCCACACAUCAGAGCGCUUUUUGUCACACCAAUGGCUCUGCUUCAAUACUGCGAUAUAUACCUGCGCUCUCCACAAACUAUAGAUAAUUGGAAACGUGCAAGCGACGUGUCAGGGGACACAUUGAACCUAUAUAAGACCAUCUUUAAAGAGAAGCUUAGCGACUAUGAUGUCCACGACAUUGACGUUCUUAUUAACAAGCUGUUUGUGAUCAUUGGCAAGUUCGCUUUGGAGUUUCUUAUCAACGACAAGAUCAGCUUCUCUGAAGACGAGUUCCUGCCAGUGAGAGACUCAUGUCACUCAGAAAUAGCAUCCUACUGUGGCCACAAUGGCUUGGAGUCCGAUGUACUCCUCUCCGUCAUGUUCAGUACGAAGAGGUCGCUGUCUUGUAGCGAUAAAACGACCUACUCCUUCAGACAUAAGAGCAUCCAGGAACGGUCAGCAGCAACUUACGUGAAAAAGCGCAUGAUGAUUACCGACGAACCUCUCCUGGUUAUUCUGGGCAUAGCACCGGCGGAAAGCCCAUGGUACACAUCAGUGAGGCAACGGCUCUUCUCUUCCAUUCGAGGGACACAGCGACCAUUGGAUGACUCCUCGCGCAGCCAUGGAACCGAACCAGAGUCUGUCGAGCGAUGCCACCCCGAACGCUUGCUAGAGGUGAUGCAGUACGUCCUGCAGGACCUGAGCAGCAGCAGCCCCCGACAGUUCCAAAAGCGCUGGCCCCAACUGAGGGACGCCCUCACUGACGCCGGCGUCACCAGGGGCGCCGACUGGCAGGCGGUGUUGCUGAGGAGCCCUGAAGUCACCGCGCUGGCGAGGCACGCGGCCGAGGUCACGAUCAAAGAGACUGACAUGUGGGGCGUGCGCAGCGCUGGAGACGUGGUGGCAGUGGCACUAAUGCUGAAAGAGCGGCAGCCUCGUGUCAUCAACAUCGUGAUGCCAGCUGCUGUGCUGCGCGCUGCAGGCACCAGCUGGCCUGACCUGGCGCGGCGUUACGAGGGACAACUGCUGCUGGACAUCAGACCAACAGGAGUGGCAGCAAGCCCCGAGCCCUGCGACGACCUGCUGAAGUGCCUCAAGGGCUCCAGGUGUCAGCUCACUGAGCUCUGGUGCGGCAUCAGCAGCGCAGCUGGCGUCGCAGGUGUGGCGUCUGUGGCUACGGCCACAACUGCCUUGUACAUCGCACUCCGCGCCCCCCUCAGCCUGCACGCCCUGCACGGCAAAUAUAAGCACCUAGAAGUGCACAUUUGGCCGCUGGGUGCCGCCUGGUCUGUCGUUCACCUGCCGACCCUGCCCCCACCGUGCCAGGAGGGGGACGACGCAGGGGUCGAGAGCCCUCCUAGCCCCCGAGCUGACGUGCGUCUGCCCGCCCUGCCAGCGCCGGAGCUGUGGGUGUGGGGCGCCGAGCCCGGCAGCUGUGAGGCCAUCGCCCAGGCCAUCAAUAAAGUCGCUCCCCACACCAAAAGACUGGCGAACUUAUGGGUGUAUAGACCCGAGCUGGGAGAGGAUGAGCAGUGGCAACUGCAGGAGGAACUGCAGCGCCAAGGCGUUCGGAGUGGCGCUGCUGGCAACAGGCGCUACACAAGAGAUCACGGCGGCUGGGUUGAGCUUCCCGUGACAGACGUCCUCCGUGGCCCCGACGGGAUUGUGGAGGCCGUAGGCCAAGUCCUCAUGCAAUUGCAGUCCAUCAACGCUGAGGACAUAGAGGCGCAGUUGCCAGGAGUGCUACGUUCCAUGCAGGAAGUGGGCGCCUCCGCGCAGGACUGGUGGGAGGCGCUGCUGUGCCGCCCCCACGAGGCGAGGCUCGCCAUCACAGCCGCGCAGGCGACCAGGGCGAAGGACGGGAAGUUCAUGAUAACGUGCGGCCGUGACCUGGAGGCGGUUGCCAAAAUGCUGCCUCACGACGAAGACUUGAUGGUGGAGGUGCAGGCGUCACCGGAAGUUCUGAGGACACCCGCGUGGCAGCAAAUUACCCAGCACCACUGCGGGGACAUGCGGCUCCGUCUUCCAGUCCAGGGCUUAAAGUUCUUGCCCUGCGACGACCUCCUUCAGACGCUGGUCGACAGCAGGUGCAGAGUUAAGCGUUUCCAUGGCGGCAUCAGGACGGCUGCGGGCGUCGCGGCUCUGGCAGCCAUCGCGGCCUCAGCGGUGCUGCGCAUCCGCCUUGAGGCUCCGCUGGACCUCAGUGCCCUGCGGUUCAAAUAUAUUUCCCUCGGCGUUUAUACGCUAGUGACUGACAUAGCCAUGUUAGCAGUGCCACUACCAGACACGCCUCCUCCCCGGCUGCUCGUGAUGGGAUGGACGGCGGGGAGCUGGGAGGCUGUGGCCCAGACGGUGCAGGCUUAUGCACCCAUCAGCAAGAGGUACGGGGCCAUUAAACUGAGUAGGCAACUAGAGUUGAGCGCGGAGGAGGUGCGACGGCUGCUGGCGCACCUGCACGAAGCUGGGAUCAGGACAAGCGACACGGGCGCCACGCGCAGCGACAUUGACGAUCAUGGAUGGCUUCGUCUUCGAAUUUGCGGCGACCUGUAACUUCCUGCCCGAGACGUGGACCGAGCGAACGAGAAGUGGCGCCGGUUCUGGAGUUCCUGCAUUGCUGGAACGCAUAACGCGGACUGACCGUAAUAUCCUGCUGUAUCCGUGGGUUGUUUAUGCAUGCCAGAUGUCCUGUGACGUUGAAAGCAGUUAGUCAUCAUAAUGUAGCUGAACUUUCCGCUUGAGGAUUUCAUGCUCUCCACGUCGGUAACCAAGUUUGAUAAAAUGCCACUGCAGGUGCUGUAUUCCCUAGUUAUCUUGACUAUUUAGGAUUGUUUUGAUGUCUAUAUUAGUUGAGAGUUCCACACUUGUUCUCCAGGCUGGAAGGCCUCGCGAGCUUUAUUGCUCGCCUGCCAAGCCAUGCCAACGCUAAGCAUGGCACGUCCGUAUCCAUGUAACGUGUCCAUAUUUGCCGCGUGCAGGCGGCCUCGUUAUUGAUUGCAUCUUCACUGUAAUGAUUUAUUCGCUCUUGUUACUUAUUAACAAUUUUUACUUGAAAUUAAAGGGAGUAUUUCCGUCAAAAAUCUUAAAAUUUAGACUUUUCCAUUUCUUAUGCAAACGUAGAAGAACUGCGUCAAGGAACUGCGUAUUUAAAGAGCCCAUGCAAAGCCAAGUUUGUGCGUUCAUUUGUUCAUUCACGAGAGCCAAGAAAGCGCAAGUAAGACCUAUAUCUUCAAUGAUCAAAAAUUUCUGUUCUUUAGCUCUCCUAAAAA